AUGCGGUAUUUUAUCGAAGAGCUGUCUCCAUGGUUUGAUCAUUGUGAUGAGCGACGUCACUUUCAGCUGGUGGUUCCUCGACGAGCUGAGCACUGCCUCGCUCUACGAAAUGCAGUAUUUGCGGUAUCGUCCCGGCACCUUUGUCGUUUACCACAGUACACAACAUCGCAGGGAAUUGUUUAUCACGGGCAGGCUUUGCCUAGCUUAACAAAGUCAACAUCGCUUGAGUACAUGUUAAAAUGUAUUCCGGAAUUGAUCCAGUUUCCCGAAAUACAGGAUCCAAUACAUCAGGAAAAUAUUAUGGCGGCCACCAUUAUUCUACGACAAUAUGAAGAGAUGGAGGAGGAAAUGCAGGAGGGGGAGACUGGAAACCAUGCCGAUGAGCGAGUCAACUUCCUGGCCAUCACCCAAACAAUCAUUGAUACCUUGAUUUCAACUCCACUUGAUCAUUCUUUAGCCACCGCGGCCUACUGGAUUGCCAUCCGACAGGAGGUAUAUUAUGCUUUGACAAGGCAACGAGCUCCGCAGUUCCGUUUUAGCUCGGAGCGCUGGCAAAACGCUUCCGUUGCCAAUACAAUGAUCAUAUUUGCUAGUGAAGUUGCCAAGUGGCGCUGGGGGGGCGAAACAACCCCAAGAAUGGGCCCCUAUCUCGAGAACGCGAGGGGUGCAUUACAUCGUAAAGCGGAGGCACAAGUUCGGACUAUCGUCCUAUAUCUUUGCGGCAUCGCGUUGAAUCACCCUCGAUGUCAGCCUGCAUUAGUUAAUGCUGUCAUAGCAAUUACCCUGUACGGCGAAUAUUUCGUCCAUCAAGAGGAGCGAGACGCCCUCCUUGGUAUCAUCAACCAAACCAUGGAAUUACAUGCCUGGCCUAUGAGAAAGGCCUACCAGUCUCUGCAACGGGAAUGGGACAUUAUGGAUAAUGUUGAAAUUUGA